UUUUUAGACUCUAAUCAAGAAAAUGGUUUGCUGUGGGAAGAGACUGAAAGAACUGAACUAUAUCAGACUCCACAUGUAUCGUUCUCUGAAUUGGAUACUCUACUCCCAAGAAGCACCGAGUUACCUGUAGACUGGAGUAUUAAGACUCGGCUCCUUUUCACCUCUCCUCAACCGUUUUCCUGGACAGAUCAUUUGAAAGCACAAGAGGAGGCUCAAGGUCUUGUCCAGCAUUGUAGGGCAACAGAGGUUACUUUGCCUCAAAGUAUGCAGGAUCCCAAACUCUCCACUGAGCUCCGUUGUGCCUUCCAGCAGAGUCUUGUCUAUUGGCUCCACCCUGCCUUGUCUUGGCUAUCACUGUUUCCUCGUAUUGCAGCUGAUAGGAAAAUGGCUGGAAAGACAAGCCCUUGGUCAAAUGAUGAAACCCUGCAACAUGUAUUAAUGAGUGACUGGUCUGUGAGCCUUACUUCUCUGUAUAAUCUGCUGAAGACAAAGCUUUGCCCCUAUUUCUACGUUUGCACCUAUCAGUUUACUGUCCUGUUCCGUGCAGCAGGAUUAGCAGGAAGUGAUAUGAUCACAGCUCUCAUAUCUCCUACAACUAGAGGUUUAAGAGAAGCUAUGAAAAAUGAAGGUAUUGAAUUUUCUCUGCCUUUAAUAGAAGAAAAUGACCAUAAGAAGAAAGCAUAUGGAACAAACUUGGGACAUGGGGAGGAGCAGGCAAUCAGUGAUGAAGAUGAAGAGGAAAGUUUUUCUUGGCUGGAAGAGAUGGGCGUGCAUGAUAAAAUUAAAAAGCCAGAUACACUGUCGAUCAAGCUGCGUAAAGAGAAACAUGAAGUACAAAUGGAUCACAGACCCGAGUCUGUUGUUUUGGUAAAAGGAACCAACACCUUUACAUUGCUUAACUUUUUGAUCAACUGCAAGAGCUUAGUUGCUACCUCAGGUGCACAGGCAGGACUUCCACCAACCCUUUUAUCACCUAUAGCAUUCCGAGGUGCCACAAUGCAAAUGCUUAAGGCACGGAGUGUUAAUGUAAAGACACAGGCUCUUUCUGGAUACCAAGAUCAAUUCUCUUUGGAUAUUACCGGUCCAGUUAUGCCUCACGCUCUACAUUCUAUAACCAGGCUACUGAAAUGUUCACAGAGUGGGUCAUUCUCUGCAAGACUGUAUCCACAUGAGCCAACAGCUGUAUUUAAUAUCUGCCUGUCACUGGAUAAAGUACUGGAUAAAGAAGUUAAUAAGGAGCUUGCUAACUGUGGGUUGCACCGUAAGACUCUGGAGCAACUUAGUCAAACACCAUUACUGGGGAAAUCAUCUUUACGGAAUGUGGAAAUGAAUAACUACAUUUAUAAUUGGAGAUCCUGAACAGCAAAGUAAGCCUAAAAGGAAUCUUUGAGGAAAAAAACCUCCUAGCAAGGAAAUUGAAGAUUCUUAUACCUUUGUCUUUAAAGAAAGGAACAUACUUUAAAAUACUGAAAUGUUUACAAACAUUCACUUCUUAAUUUUAUUACAUACAUGCAUUGAGUAAUAAUAUAAAGGUUUUAAAUCAACAUUGGUUUUACUGUUUCAUACUAAAGUUUCAGGUAUGAAGAUGAUGCAGUUUUUCUUAAAACCCAAGUAACUUGAAUAAGGAAUCUAUGCCUAUAAGCUAUUUGUAAAUGGAGUAGAAAACCAAAUUAAAGUCAGUGUUUCCUUAUAAAUGACAAAUUGAGAGUAAAUCUGUACCAGUUAUUUCAUGACAUUGACUAAAAAUAUUACAACUUACCUGAGAACAGGUUAUUGUUUACAAAAGUAGAAAAUGAUGUAGACACUAUCUGAGUUGAUUACUGAUGCUUCUACCAAAGCAUCUUAGUGAUUUAUAGUUUCUCUAUUCUCAAAUAUAAAUUUUUUAAAAUACAUGCUAAUAAACUCAGAUAAAAGGAUAUUUUGGACUCCAUACAGAAUAGCAUUAAGAGUUGGAUACUCAGUUACCAUGACAAAGUACUACUUAAUGUGUUUAUAGGGUGUGUGUGUGUGCGUGUAUGUUUGAAAUUGUUUAAAUAAACAUGCUUAGAUAAUA